GACGGGGGCGGCAGCGAGGCUCGGCGGGCCGCGAGAGGCAGGCUCGGCGGCGCGCUCGCUCCGCCUCGGGGGCACGCCGAUCCCCGCCGAGUGGGCGUGGACGAGCAGCACGUCGAGGUGGCGCAGCACGCCGAGCAGCGGCUUCGCGGUGCCGAAGGCGGCCAAGGCCGGGGCGCUGCUGCGGCCGUGGCCGGCGUGGCCGGGCCCACGGUCGCGGCAGAGGAGCCGAGCAGACCGGAGGCGCACUGCGGUCUGCUGGGCGAGGCCGUCGUGGUGGCGGCCUUCGUGGCGGCGGCGCUGGAGGAGCUCGUCGUGGCGGCGGGCUUCGGGGCGGAGGGGGCGCGCACCGUUGCAGGCGCAGCUCGGGGCGCUGGAGCAGCUCAUGGCGCGGAGGCCGACGAGCAGGGGAACGAGAACAGUGCCAAACACAUCGGGCAGACCGCGGGGGUGCUGCUGGCGCAGCUCGCGGAGGGCAGCGCCGAGGCGCCGUGCGACGAGAGGACGAGCUGGGAGGAGGUGCUGGCGGUGCCGCUGGUGGAGGGCGGCACCACGGUGCCGCACGCGGAGGAGCCCACGGCGCAGCCUGGGGAGGGCAGGCGCCGAGGCGCCGUGCGCUGCCGGUGCAAAUUCCUGGAGGCGCCGACGGUGCAGCUCGCGGCGGGCGGCGCCGUGGUGCCGAGCGUGCUCGAGAGGACCGCGGAGGUGCCGACGGUGCAGCUC